AUGCCCCGGAGAACUCGUGCGGCAGGACCCUGGUCAGCAUCUGUCCAACAAGGUGGACACGCGGCGGAAAACCCCAUGCCAUAUGCAUCCUGGCAUAUGGCUGCGCGCAGAUCACUGGGCAAAUCGUCGCAACUCGCGCCUGAUGAAUGCAUCCCAUCCGGUGAAAGUGCGAUUCCUGUUUUUCGCUUUCGAACGCGAGGCACCACUAUUGCGAAUCUUGUUGCGCGGCGUACGAUUACGAAACACACGGCCUGCCGCCAAUGCACACUUACCCCAAGGGCGCCGCGGGCACACUCGGCUUCCGUGGCAGGGGGCUCGGGGUAUGCAGACGUCCGACCAGAGAGCGACACCAGCCAAGGGGAGGAGGGGGACGGUCACGUUGGCCCUCCGCUCGGUCGAAACGCGGCUGGCGAGCGAACAGAGCGGAUAAGGGCGAAUUAA